UAGACUGGAGACGCAGCUGUGUGGACCGGAGCUCAGCGCGCAAAUGUAUUUUUCCAAUGUUGAUAAACAUUUCUUGUUCGUAUCUUUCUUUAAAUAUUACCGCUCGUUGAAGAAAUAAAGCAGAUAAAGACAGGAGCGCCCACCUAAAAUAAGCGACCGAGAGAAGAAAGGCGAACAUUACCGCAGUCUGACAUGGUUUUCAGUCAGAUGGAUGCCGCUAAAGCGUUGACGUUUGCAGCGGCUAAAGGGAACCUCGGCGAGGUGCAGAGGAUCCUGGAGGAAUGCAGGCUGCAUCCCGAUACUGUCAAUGAGUUUGGCAGGACCGCGCUGCAGGUAAUGAUGAUGGGAAAUUCCAAGGUUGCCGACGUGCUCCUGGAAAAAGGAGCAGAUCCCAACGUCCAGGACAAGCAAGGGAUCGCACCGAUCCACGACGCCGCUCGCACGGGAUUUCUGGACACGGUUCAGGUUUUGGUGGAGCACGGCGCCUCCGUCAACGUGGCGGACCAGAGCGGCGCCCUGCCCAUCCACAUCGCCAUCCGAGAGGGCCACCGGAACGUGGUGGAGUUCCUGGCGCCGCGCUCCGACCUAAAGCACGCCAACGCCAGCGGUCAGACGGCGAUAGACGUGGCCCGAGCGUCACGCGAGCCAGACAUGGUCCACCUGGUGUUUGCUCACAUUCACUCUUAAGUGUCUGCUGGCUCCUUUUUGUGUGCUAACUUGAACCUCAUAUGUUUUGUUUGCGUCGUUCAAACCUGGUGACUUGAAUUCAUUGCUGUGUAAAAGGUUUGUUUUUGUUCGCUGUAGCUCAACUUGCAUGCAUGACGCUGGACAUUUUGUCAUGGCAGCUCUUUUUUCAGCCAGUGGGUGGCUACACACAGUAGGCACCUCUUUUGCACAGUGCAAUUUCGGCACCUUUAUAUACAAAUAUUUAUCUGUUUGGGAGUGCACAUUAGCCCGUUCCCCUCCCAGUGUUUUGUCGCGUUUGCAUUAUUUGCAUUUUGUAACAGUUGAUAAGUUGUGUUUUUAAUUUGAUGAAAUUUCAAAUGGUGCACCCUAAUUAGUUGCGUUUCCAUUACUAGAUCAACUUAGAUUUUGAAUUAUUUAUUGUUGAUGAAAUAGCAGUGACUUUUCUUGUCGCCUUGUAAAUAGCAUCCUUCAUUGUGAUUUGUUCAAAUGUUAUUUAUACAUAUAAUACUUUUAAUACAAAAGUAAGAUGAUUCAAGCACACAAAUAAAAGUUUGGAACUUUU